UUAUUCCAGGUUCGUGACUUGGUAGCCCAAUGUACCUGCCCUACUCAGUUCCCCAUGAUUCGAGUCUCAGAAGGGAAAUACAGAAUCGGAGAUACAAAAGUUCUUAUUUUUGUGAGGAUUUUAAGGAAGCAUGUCAUGGUCCGGGUUGGCGGCGGCUGGGACACUCUGGCACACUACCUGGAUAAACACGAUCCGUGUCGAUGCCGGGGACAACACAGACCUACCCAAGGGGCUAAACUGGUACCAGGAAGGGCACCCGAUCUUCAUGGAGCUCAAGUGUUCUAUGACAGAUCAAAUGUUUCUCCGGCAUCUCUUCCACCGACAAUCAACGGCAUCAACAGCGGACCUCACAGUCUCGGCCCUCCGAUGAAUUCUCUCAACAGAUCCCGUUCCAAAUCGCCAUCCUUCUUACAUGCCGACACCAGACGAUCAAUCAGUCCCAAUUUUCCUCGAAAAAGUCUGGCAGCACCUCCCAAUAUCAGAUCCAGAAGUCCUACACCAAACUUUACUUCAACACACACGACCAAGUUAGCUACCAGAAGUUCACAGCCUUCAGUAAAAACAACAUCGUCGGGACCUCAAAGUUUGCCUCCUUAUUUACCACAACCUAAGCAUGUAGCCAGCAUACAGAUACCUGUAGAAAAUAAGGUACUAAAAUCCGAAGCAGUUCUUCAAGUCAAUACCGAGUCACACAGCAGCGACACUCACAGCGAUACCUCAUCUCAAAUGUCCGACGAAGGUUACCGAAGUUUGGGCAUCGUCCAAGAUAAAAAUAAGAAAAGAUCUUCAUUGUACAGUCAAAACUCUGCCGAGGAUGUUGAAGAAACCGAAAAUCAACACAUUUACACCGAAGACGAACUCAACGACGUCGGUUUAAGAAGAACCAACUUCUCACAUAAACUCUACCUAGAGAGUCUCAAAAAUUUACGAAAAAGUCCCGAACCUCACGGAUCAUCGCCUACCUCACCAGUUUCGGAAACCGACAGCGCCAGAACGCUGUUGAGUAAUCAGAAACCCAGCAAUAAUUUGGGGCUAGAGAGGGAGCGAGAACCUCUCACCUCUGCUCCGGCAAGGAGGGAAAAACACCAUCUACACAAGGAACAAGGCGAAAUACACCAUCUACUUGCCGGGCCUUAUCCAGGCUCAACUGCAAUGUAA